AUGGAGCAUUCCGAUCGGAGUUCGUCGGGAGCCAGUUCGCAUGCAAGAAGCCACGCCAUGAACCACACCGAUUCGAUGGUGACUGUACCACUCUCCUCGAAUUCAGAAGACACACAGCCCGAAUGGCGAACACUCGAAAUCCCCCAGACGCCGGUCGAUUCCACCGCUUACGCAGACGAUGAGACUGACCCAAAGGCCACACCGACCUCCGCAAAACCCGAUCUGCAAUCGGAACUUGCCCGUUCCCGAAUCAGCGAAGAUGUCGACAGAACAGAAGGCGAUGGCGUGGAUUGGGAAGAGCUGGAAAAGACAGAGGAACAAGAACCUCGCAUGGAGGGAUCAGAUGAGACAACUGCCCUUUUGUUAGCUCGCCUGGAGCAAGAGAAUAACGCCCUGGCUACAAACCCAAAAUCCGGUCUCGCGAAGGUGGCGGAGAAGCAGAAGCAGCAGCGUGUCUCGCGGUCUCAAUCUCUCCACCAGAUCAAGCGAUUGAUCAAUGAGGAUUCGCGAUCUUCGCUCCGAUACUCUCAGCUUCAACCUCCGCCGAUGACAGAACUCGAAUUCUGGGCUGCACUCGUAGCAGACUAUCCCCAAACAGUACAGCGACUUCCGACCCUGACGUCGAAUAAGAUCAGAGGGGGAAUCCCGCCACCCUUGCGAGGUGUGGUCUGGCCGAGCUUGUCCGGAGCCCGGGACCCGUCGCUCUUGACCGAGUACCAGGGACUCUGCGGCGAGACCAGCCCAUAUGAGGGAUUGAUCGGGAAGGACAUCGGUCGUAGCUUUCCCAACGUAGAGAUGUUCCGCGAUCCCAAUGGUGAAGGACAACAGAUGCUUGCCAGGGUGCUGAAAUGCUUUAGUCUUUACGACACAAAGAUCGGGUACUGCCAAGGCUUAGGCUUCGUGGUUGGCCCUUUGUUGAUGCACAUGUCUGACGCGGAAGCAUUCUGUGUGCUCGUACGACUUAUGGAUCACUAUGAUCUAAGGACCUGCUAUCUUCCGGAUCUGUCGGGCCUGCAUCUCCGCGUCUAUCAAUUCCAGAAUCUCCUCUCCCGUCUCCGGCCCGCCCUAUUCGAGCACCUCGAGACACUCGGCGUUGAACCUGUCUACGUCUCUCAGUGGUUCUUGUCGUUCUUCGCUGUUUCGUGCCCUCUCCCGAUGCUUCUCCGCAUCUUCGAUGUGAUUUUCCUGGAAGGUGCUUGUGAAACUCUGAUGCGUGUCGCCCUGUCGUUGAUGCAGCGCAACGAAAAGCGCAUUCUGGGCUGCUCAGAGUUCGAAGACGUCAUGCAGUUAUUGCUGUCCCGGAGUCUCUGGGAUACAUACGCCUUUGAUGCAGAUGACUUUGUCAACGACUUUGUCUCGUUGACCUCGCUUGUGACCAAGGACUGUCUGCAAGCCCUGGAGGCUAGCUACAACCAGUCGCAAGGAGUCCCGACAGGCAUUUCCUUUCCUCAAAUGCAAGCUGCGGCAUCUCGAUUCCUGGGCCGGUUCUGGGCAGGAUCGCACAACUCCGUGAGGUCGAGCAACCUCAACCCCAACCAAGCCAGCUCCACGAACAACCUUCGUCGCUCAACAUCGAAACAAAGCAUGGCGUCAACACUCAAUUCGGUUGAAUCCGCCUCCGACGCUAGUACCGCACCCACCGAACUGUCCGUGGAAGGUCAAAAGUCGCGCACGAAAUCCACCAUAUCCCAGAACAAAGAUCGCGACUUGCACAGUCAGAUUGAAGAUUUGCUCAUGGCACUCAGCGACCUGCAGCGCCAACACGCAGAUCUCACCCGAGAGCUGCAACAGGAGCGAGAAGAGCGCGAGGAAGACCAAGCCCUCGCGAGAUCAAUGAUCGAAUACAUCAGAGAAUCCAGCGGCGACUCCGCACCCGCCGAACUGCUCAGCAAAGCCGAAGAGCGCUUCGCAGCCGCAGAUUCCAGCAAACACGUCUCUUUGGACCAAACGAAACACCAACUUCGCGAGGACGUUGACCGAUGGAAGAACAUGUACUCUGUCGAAGCCGGCCGCUCCCUCGACCUCACGCGCCGAAUCGACGAGCACGAGCAGGAAAACUCUUCGCUUCGCGAACAACUCCGCGAAGCACGUGGCCGGAUCCAAGACGGCUACCGCGAGCGACAGCGCCUGGAGCGAACCGUGCGCGACCUCCGCGCCAUCAAAACACCUACCCCUGACACAACCCCAGAGAGCUCACCGACCAGUGACACCGCCGAAAAUUUGAGCCCCGGCGGCCUCCGCGAACUCAAGCUCGGCCGCUCGGCAUCCCAAAAGAGCCAAAAGCCGACAUUCAACAAGCGAUCGAGCAGCCUCGGCCUGCAGUCUGUGCUCGCAACGCAAGAUAACCAACCGCCGGCAGAGGAGGCGCUGCUCCUGGAACUGGUGAAUGCGAAGACCGCGGAGGCUGUGGCGAAGCAGGAGCUGGAAGAGGUCAAGGCAAAGCUCGACUCGUUACGAAAAUUGGUUGGGGGAUCACAGCGUGGCGGGCUUUCGCGGAGUUCGACGUCAGACAAUCGGAACUCGUUGCUUGGAAUACCCUUGACACCUGGUGUGUCGAAGUCUCCGACUGAACCUCCGGCGGCGUCAGGAGGGUUCUUUAGUGGAUGGGGACGAAAGGAUUGUUGA